CUACCCGAGGAAUUCACCUACAGCUGUUCACCUGUAGUCCAUGGGCGGCUGCGGCAGGUGCGAGGAAGACUCUGGGUGAGGAAGGACAUGAGGUUUUAUCCCCUCCGAGUUGGAUGUCUGUUGGCGGCCGCUUGUUUUCUGUCACUUUCUUGGAUAAAAUUCCAGCCGGAUGGCGGAGCACCAGACCUGCAGGCGCUGCACCAGAGGCUGUCGGUGGCUGAGGAGCUGGGAGGACAGGUCAGCAGGGACCUCAGCGUCAUCCUGGAGCAGCUGGAGAACAUGACCCGGUCCACCAACGCCAGCCACGGCUGGAGCAACGCAUCCAGCAGCAACACGUCCAGCAGCAGAAGCUUCGCCUCAACCAUGAAGCAGCUGAAGUCUGAGCCUAGCAGGCUCCAGGGCAACAUGGAGCUCUACAUGCCCCACCUCAGGGAGUAUCCUGACAGCCUGCAGCCCCGUGUGGUGUUAGGGAGGGGGCGCCGUGGAGUGACCUUAGUGCUGGGCAUCCCUACAGUGAGGAGGGAGAAGCAGAGCUACCUGGUCAGCACCCUCAGCUCGCUACUGACCAGCCUGACCUCCUCAGAGAGACGCGACCUCCUCAUCAUCGUCUUCGUUGCCGAGACGGAUGUGGAGUAUGUGGACAGCGUGGCUGGCUCCCUCUCUGACAGUUUUCCUGAAGAAGUGCAGUCCGGCCUCCUGGAGGUGGUCUCCCCUUCGCAGCAUUACUACCCCGACUUCAACCUCCUCAAAGAGACCUUUGGAGACUCCAAGGAGAGAGUAAAAUGGCGAACUAAGCAGAACCUGGACUACAGCUUCCUGAUGCUCUAUGCACAAGACAAAGGAAGCUACUAUGUUCAGCUGGAGGACGAUGUGGUUGCAAAGACUGGUUACUAUAGCGACAUGAAGGCGUUUGUCACCCAAGCAGCUCCCAGCGAAUGGCUCUACCUGGAGUUCUCCCAGCUGGGAUUCAUUGGGAAGAUGUUUAAGACCAGCGACCUUCCAAUGAUCGUGGAAUUCUUCCUCAUGUUUCACAAGGAUAAACCCAUCGACUGGCUGCUGGAUCACAUCCUGUGGGUGAAGGUUUGCAACCCAGAGAAAGAUAACAAACACUGUGAUCUUCAGAAGGCCAUGCUGAAGCGGAGAUAUAAGCCCUCCCUGUUCCAGCAUGUCGGCCUUCACUCCUCUUUGCCUGGAAAGCUGCAGCGUUUGAAGGUGAGUGAAGAUGGCGUCCGAGUGGAGCUAACGGCUGCAAUGGAAGGUUUCAAUGAUCAAAUCUGA